CAUUUUUUUAUCACCUCAAAUUCGUUAUUUUCUCUGACCAGACAAUUCGAUUUUCUCUCUCACUUUUUCGGAAAAAUUCCAGCGAAUCCCGAGAAAAUUUACACAACGGCUAUUUUCGUUAAUCCUUCCUCCUUAUUUCUACUUGUCAUCCACCAUAUUUUUUUGGUUCACUUUCUCCUCCUGGGAUCGUCAUGAUUUGAUUGCAACAUAACCAGAAUCAAUGAUGAAUGACCUAAACAAAGAUGGGUCAAUUUUCACUAGAUUCUAUUUUCUCGGGGAAAUCAAAUUUCUCUGAGACGGUUAUCUCGCUUUAAUCCUGAAGAUCCCAGAGAGUUUCGCGAUUCUCAUCUCUCUAUCUUUCGGGUAUGACUCGUCACGUGAUACUGAAAUCGCCAUUAUUGGCAUCGGAAGAAAGAAACUCUCCGCCGACGACAGCGACGGCGAUGAGCAAACACGCGGAGAGGAGAAAAGUGGGAGAGGUAGCGGGAGGAGCAGCGGCGGAGUGCGCGGCGGUUUGGUGUUGCUGCCCUUGCGCGGUGGUGAAUCUGGUGGUUUUGGCCGUGUAUAAGGUACCGGCGGCGGUUUGUAAGAAAGCGUGGAGACGAAGCAAACGGCGACGUUUUAUGAGGAAACGACACGGUUUGCUUGCGUCAGCGGCGGCGGAAGGGAGUCAGAGCACCGUACACGCUAGAUUGAAGGAGGAAGAUCCAACGGCUGAGAUUGUUUUCGAGGAAAACACAGCGAGUGGUGAAUUAAACGACGUCGUAAGGCUUGAGAAUGAAAUGUUGGAGCGUUUCUAUGGGGCAGGCUUUUGGAGAAGCCCGUCACAGAGAGACACGUCAUUGGGAAGUUUUUAAAAUUACAUUCUUUGGGUUUUGGAGAAAAUAAUAGUAAUUAAUUUGAGAUAUAUUUAUUUAUGUGACUUUAAUUAUCAAUGUGGGUAAUGUGAAUAGGAUAAACUUAGCAUCAUUUAUACGUCGUUUUGGUUUUGUUCUAUUCAAAUGUAAUUACAGUACGUCUCGUUGUGUUUCCAUGUUAUUCGCUAAUUGAGAUUCAUGUUAUUAGCCAAA